CUCCACAGCCACUGUAGGUGCUUCGAAUACUCGAAUAUAAAACAGCGGAGAGACUCAGAACUGGCUUCCAGCACCAUCAUCAUACAGCACCACCAUAAGCAGAUAUUGCUUCGUCACGUCACCUACAACAGCCUUUCACAACCUCUACACCCAACAUGUUCGCGGUCAAGCUUGUAGCAAAAGGCGUGACCGGCGCCUAUGCGAUCACCAAGGAAGCCCUGCAUGACCAGGAAGCCAAGAAGAGUACCUCCACUCAGUCCCAUCUCAACGUCCCGUCGCAAGAGCAAUAUGACGGCGCAAGCUCAGAUGAUGCUUCUUCGAUCUCUUCAAAUGACGAAGAGUUGACGCGAGAGCUCGACGAAGCGCAGCAGAAAUUCGGCCACGGGAAAGAAAUGUCAGGUCUUGAAAAGGCCGAGAACGUCGAUCAAGUGGUCGACACUUUCAUGCAAAAUCAUCCACCUCCCAAGUAUUCACCUGUCGCUGGUAGACUCGAACUUCCGGUUAUCUUGCCCCAACGGCGGCCCAAGAACAAAGAGCGUGGCUUCGUCCGGGCGUAUGCGCCAAUGCUCCAGACAUGUGGUCUUGAGCAAGCCGAGUUUCUCGAUUUCUUGGACGGGUUUGGCAAAGCGAUUCAGCUACACCCGCUAUUCCAUGCCUUCAAUCUGGCCUGCGCAGGAGCAGUGAUAGCUUCUGACGUCGUGGCUGGACCGAUGUUCUUCGUCCACGUCGGUGCGAUGGUCGUCCACACCAGCGUCGAAAUCUCACGAAGACAAUAUGUCAAAUAUGAAUCAAACAAGUACCUCGACAAUAUGAACGAAUCCUUCUUCAAGCCUCGUGGCCUCUAUGCGCUGGUUAUGGCCUACAAACCCGAAUCCGACGACCUCGUCCAGACCGCCGACAUGAGCACCAAUGUCCUGACAUCCAUUGCGGCCCGCGACUCGCGCAAAGGCAGUCGCUUCGCCAACCACUCGGGAGCAACCAGGGAGAUUGAGAUCCCCGAGUCCGCGCCAUUGAUUUUCCCGGGCCUCGACGCCCUGCCCGAGGGCGAGAAGGAAAACGCUUUCAAGCGGACCGGGCACCGGCUCGGAGACUAUUUUGAUCGUCGCGCCCAGGCCAAAUUCGAAGCCUCCAAUCCCAACUCAAAGUUGAACAUCCACCAAGAGAGACACUUCGCCUCUCGGUUCAGCGACCCGAACCAUCCCGCCAACAGCGGCAGCCUGGUGGCUUUGGUCAGUGGCGGCGCCAUCGACACGAGGGAGCAGGAUCGCGCGAAGAAGGAGCGGAGAGCGAUGAAGCGACAACGGAAGGAUAUGAGACGCGUGUCACGCGGUCGUGAGCCCCGAUGGGAUGCUACUGGGAUGAACAAACGAGCGCCGCAGGGUGGCAUCAAAGGAAUGAUGAAAUCGGACAUUCUGUACCUGAUGAUUGUGAACUAUCCGAGCGAGUCGGAGUUGAAAGAGGCUGCACAGGCUUUGGAAAUGCUGGAGCAGCGGAAGAAGCAGUUCUGAUGGCCGUAAUUUCAAGAUGCUGUUGAGAACGGCGUUUGGAGCUUUUUGAGGGUGCAGAAGGUCUUACCCACGGCAGUCACUGACUAGAAAUCAAUGCUUCAGACGUCAGACACUAGGAAUGGUCCCAUAAGCCUACUUAAUCUCGAGUCAUCAGCGGAAUGCAGCUUUUAUAUCCA